AAGCAACAAGAAAGUUAGUAGAAGAAGCGAUACCAAAUAAGAAUAAAUGCAAGGCAGGCGUACGAGGUCUGGAAGAUGUUGAAUUAGCUGCCUGUCUACUGAAAGUUGGAGUUUUGAUUGGUGAUUCUCGAGACAGCUUGGGUCGUGGCCGUUUUUUUCCACUAGGCCCUGACAUCCACAUUAUGGGCCAAACUCCUGGAUGGUACAAAAAAUAUGCUUUUUAUAAGCCGCAUCUGGGAUUUCAUGGGUGUUCAGAGACGGCAAUUGCCUUCCACCGCGUUACUCCUGAGCUUAUGUACUGGUAUGAUUUCCUUCUCUACUACGUGAGAGCUUACGGAGUAAAGUAUGAACAGCCAUUCCCCCCUCAUCUGCCACCCGACAGGAAAUGUAUACCUCAAGAGGUCCUAGAGAAGUUUGGUCGGACGAAGAAUUCAUCGAUCAGUUAAUAAUAUAGUUUUAUAAUAUUGUAGAAGCGAUGAGGUAAUAAUUGGAGAGACAAGUGGAUAUAACAUUAUACAAUUUUGUUGGUAGCUUACAGAGAGGAAUAAUAGAGUAAAGGUAUAGUCAUACAUUAGUGGUAUGUUCAUGCAUAUGUUUCUACAAAUUUGUAAAUAUUUCAAAGUGUAUAUUACUGCUGAUAUACGUGUGCAUUUUUUUUCUGUAUUUGCUAACACCAUAAUGAUGAUGGAGAUAUGUUUGACACGUAUAAAAUGUUUCAGUAUAAAAAAGUGCGAGUUUCUUUG